AAUCAUUGCUCACUUCAGAGUUUUCUUCUUCAAACAACUCUCACAAAACAAUGGUGAUUAUUCCAUUGGUUACCACUUCUCUCCUCUUCUUCUUCUUCUUUUUCUCGUCCGUCACCGUCGCUAAAACGCACCGUUUCGUGCAAAGCAUUCCUCCUUCCUCCUUAGGCCUCCACCAGCCGCAGAAGCUCAGCCACCUCCACUUCUUCUUCCACGACGUUGUCGGCGGCCGCAACCAGACCGCGGUGCGGGUCGCGGCGGCACCCACCACAGACAAGUCCUCGACGUUGUUCGGCGCGGUGGUGAUGAUGGACGACCCGCUAACGGAGCUCCCAGAUGCUGACUCCACAGUGGUCGGGAGGGCGCAGGGGAUCUACGCGUCGGCGUCGACAACUGAAUUAGGGUUUCUGAUGGCCAUGAACUUCGCAUUCACGCAGGGGAAGUACAACGGGAGCAGCCUGGCCGUUUUGGGGCGGAACACGGUGGAAUCAGCCGUGAGGGAGAUGCCGGUGGUGGGCGGCAGCGGGCUGUUCCGGUUUGCCCGCGGGUAUGCGCAGGCCAAGACGCAUUCUAUGAUUAUGUGGGAAGCUGUUGUGGAGUACGACGUUUAUGUUUUACAUUAUUGAAGGGUUUUUGUAUUACCAAAAAAAUAUGUGGAUCCAAGUUCUUUUUCA